UAAGGUUUUCGGCUUCCACACUGACUUUUCGAGCUCUGUGGCUUCUCAGCAUUAACGUGUAGUGUUCUUUGAAAAGCUGCAGAGCCAGCCGAAAGAAAGCCUGGACUCUGAUAUCUUGAGGAGCAUUCGACUGGUGAAGGGCGAAAACUGUUACUUGGGGGCUUAGGAAGAAGUGAGGGGUCGGUCAUCUGGAGUUAAGAAUGGUCGUUAUGGCUUUGCUUCUAGAACAAGGAGCCUAGAAAAAGGAUUCCAAGUUCUCCAGACGGUUUUGAAGACGUUUGUGAGCUUUGUUAUGGUCCACUUCUGUUCUACUGUCCUGGAAAGUUCAGUGUUUUUGUUUUGUUUUUUAAUUUUCAUUAAGUAAUGUUAAUUCCCCAGGAAGGUAGUGCGUGAAGCAAUCCAAACUUCAGUUUUAUUGCUUGAGAAUGAUAUUGAGUGUAACAGAGCAGAUUUUACUAACAGAAGAAACAUAGGCUUUCUUUUAAAGUGUAACAGAGGCUUUUCGUGACAGCUUUUGACUACCUCUGCUCUUUGCUAAGAUGAGCGCCCGUCCUUUCUCCACUCCCUUCGACCGGGAGCGGCGAGUCCGGAGCACCCUGAAGAAAGUCUUUGGGUUUGAUUCAUUUAAAACACCUUUACAGGAGAGUGCGACCAUGGCUGUAGUGAAAGGUGACAAGGAUGUUUUUGUAUGCAUGCCUACAGGGGCAGGGAAAUCUUUGUGUUAUCAGCUCCCUGCUCUGUUGGCCAAAGGGAUCACUAUUGUAGUCUCUCCUCUCAUUGCUUUGAUUCAGGACCAAGUGGACCACUUGCUGGCCUUGAAGGUACAAGUUAGUUCCCUGAACUCAAAGCUGUCCAUACAGGAGAGGAAGGAGCUGCUGUCUGAUCUGGAGCAAGACAAACCUCGGACCAAACUUCUGUACAUCACCCCAGAGAUGGCAGCUUCAGCCUCCUUCCAGCCCACCCUGAAUUCCCUCGUGUCCCGAAACCUGCUCUCCUACUUGGUGGUGGAUGAAGCUCAUUGCGUUUCCCAGUGGGGACAUGACUUCCGUCCUGACUAUUUGCGCCUGGGUGCCCUGCGUUCCCGCCUAGCACAAGCCCCAUGUGUGGCUCUGACUGCUACAGCCACCCCACAGGUUCAAGAGGAUGUGUUUUCUACCCUCAACUUGAAGCAGCCAGUGGCCUCUUUCAAGACUCCCUGCUUCCGGGCCAACCUCUUCUAUGAUGUGCAGUUCAAGGAACUGAUUCCUGACCUCUAUGGCAAUCUGAGGGACUUCUGCCUAAAGGCACUUGGACAGAAGGCCAAUAAAGGGUUGUUUUCUGGCUGCGGCAUUGUCUACUGCAGGACCAGAGAGGCUUGUGAGCAACUGGCCAUAGAGCUCAGCAGCAGGGGAGUGUCCGCCAAGGCUUACCAUGCAGGGUUGAAGGCUUCUGAUAGAACACAGGUACAGAAUGAGUGGAUGGAGGAGAAGGUCCCUGUAAUUGUUGCAACAAUCAGUUUUGGGAUGGGAGUGGACAAAGCUAACGUCCGGUUUGUUGCCCACUGGAAUAUUGCCAAGUCCAUGGCUGGCUACUACCAGGAGUCUGGCCGUGCUGGCAGGGAUGGGAAACCAUCUUGGUGCCGUCUCUAUUACUCUAGGAAUGACCGAGACCAAGUCAGCUUCCUCAUCAGGAAGGAAAUAGCCAAACUCCAGGAGAAGAGAGGGAACAAAGCAUCUGAUAAAGCCACCCUGCUGGCCUUUGAUGCCCUGGUGGCCUUCUGUGAAGAAUUGGGGUGCCGCCAUGCUGCCAUUGCUAAGUUCUUUGGGGAUGUACCACCUGCCUGCGCCAAAGGCUGUGACUACUGCCAGAGCCCUGCAGCCCUAAAGAACAAGCUUGAUGCCCUGGAGCGCAGCAGCAGCUGGAGCAAGACCUGCAUCAGGCCCUACAAGGAGAAUGGCUUUGACCCUGAGCUGUAUGAGGGAGGCCGAAGGGGCUAUGGGGGCUUCAGCAGGUAUGAUGAAGGUUCUGGAGGUAGCGGUGAUGAAGGCAGAGAUGAGGCCCACAAGCGGGAAUGGAAUCGUUUCUAUCAGAAACAGAUGAGCCUGCGCAAGGGCAAGGAGCCCAAGAUAGAAGAAUUCAUACCCCCAGAUGAAGAUUGUCCCCUGAGAGAGGCUUCAAGCAGGAAGAUCCCUAAGCUCACAGUGAAGGCCCGUGAGCACUGCCUGCGACUUCUGGAGGGUGCUCUCAAGAGUAAUCACCAGGCUGCGGGGUCCGCUCAUGGAGCUGACCUACGGGCCGAGGCAGUGGAACUGGAGCAUGAGACAUUCCGAAAUGCCAAGAUGGUCAAUCUCUACAAGGCCAGUGUUCUAAAGAAGGUGGCUGAGAUCCACAAAGCCUCCAAGGAUGGGCAGCUCUAUGAGAUGGAAGGUGGCACCAAGAGUUGCAGUGCCACAGCUGAGCUCUUGGAGCCCAGUGACUAUGACAUCCCACCAACCUCACACGUGUACUCGCUCAAACCCAAGAGAGUAGGAGCUGGCUUCUCCAAAGACCCCUUCCCAUUCCAGACAGCCACAGAACUGUUGAAGUCUCAGAGCCAGGAGCAAACCCCUGAGUCCAUGCUGGAGGUUGAACAGGAGAGCCCAGGCUGGGACCUUAACCUUCGAGAAGAAGACAGGAGCAAGCCCUACCCUGGGUGCCAAGAAGAGGCUCCUGGAAAUAGUGUUAAUUGUGGGAAGCCCUCGCCUAAGAAGAGGACAAAAGGCUCUUCCCAGGGCAGUGCCAAGGCUAGAGCCAGCAAGAAACAGCAGCUCCUGGCCACAGCAGCCCUCAAGGAGUCCCAAAAUAUCACUCGGUUCUGUCAAAGAACAAAAAGCCCGUCUUUUCCUGCUUCGGUCCCACGCUCAGAAGAUGCCAGCCCCUCCUGUAGUGGGGUAGCAGAGAGGUGCACAGAAGAAGCUGGAGCCCAGGGACAUUCGGCUGCUGUGUUUCAGACUGAGUGUCCCAGGGAGGGACCAAGCACCUGCUUGCUCAGAGAUCAGAGCUUCCGGGAAGAUCAGCCUAGCCCUCUGAAGGAAAUCCAGGCAGGCAAGAGGCCUAGACCCCAGCAGGGAAACUCGGAGAAGAGGGCUCAGAAGAGGCUUUGCCCCUCAACCAAGUCCUCCAUCUUGGCUGAGGCCAAGGGCAGUGCCUUGGCCAGUGAUCACAGCACUAAGAAUGAAGUGGCUCGAGAAGCCUGCCAGCUCUCAGCUCCUGGCGUCUCCCUGAAAGAGGCUGCAGACACUGUGGUCAGGUGCCUGACCCCCUUCUACAAGGAGGGCAGGUUUACAUCCAAGGACUUGUUUAAAGGCUUUGCCCGCCACCUCUCACACCUGCUGGCUCAGAAACUCUCUCCUGGAAAGAGUGUGAAGGAAGAGGCCCAGAGCCUCAUCGAGCAAUUUUUCCAUGAUCAUGCCCGCUGUGAGAGUGAAGCUGACUGGCAUGGUCUGUGUGGCCCACAGAGAUGACCUGCCUCUGGCUGAACAGAAUCAGCCUCCUUCCUACUCUGCCGUGGGGAGGCCCAUGCCAGAGGUACCAACUUUCUCAGGAUCUUACCCCCUCUGACCAGACCCCACUUUGAAGGUGUCACUAGACAUCCAAGUCAAGGGGAAGGUCAGAGGUCAGCCCACCUUCCUGUUUAAAACCCCCAUGGUCCUUUCUCACAGCCUGCUUCUCCUUGGUUUUCAUGGCCAGAUCCCCAGAUUAGAAGGUUCAGGUAGUUUGGCUGCUAUUUAGAGGGGAGGGGGUAACAGUGGUCCUCUGCCAGGGGGAGAGGUUCAUUCCAGUCCUCAUUGCCCUCUCAGCAGCAGAGCUCAUUGGGAAAGAAAUAGCAGCCAUGCCCCAAGCCCUGCUCUCUGCUGCUCCAGAAGGCCAGGCCCUGUUGAGAUGUUUGCAAGAAUAAAGUCCUCCUUGUGGAGACACAUGCUCACAUACA